UUAGCGUAAUCUGAGGAGUACGCCUUUCAGGCUGAGCGCUGCUAGUCAGAACCCUCCGCCUCCCCGUACCUCCAACAGCUCCAGGGUCCCAGUGCUCUCGGCUCCCCAAUGGCGGCGGCGCCGGAACCGGAGGCCAAGCUGGAAGACGUAACCCCAUCUCUGUCCCGCGAGCCGCUACCUGAGUCUGAAUCCGACGCCCCUGCCUCCACUGGCCGGGAGCCGCUACCGGAGUCUGAAUCCGACGCCCCUGCCUCCAGCCAGGAGCUGAAGCCGUGGGAGCAGCACGCCGCGGUGAUCAACCUCCCGCGCUACGACUACCGCGCGUCAGGGUCCCUCCUGCUACGCUCGCACUCCGGCUUUCUCAUCACCUGCCCCAUCAAGCGUGAGAAAAGUGCAACCAAGGAAGCCAUUUCCAUUCUUGAAGAGUACUGUCAUGCAAAUUGCUGUGUUUCCGAACACACAGAACCAUGUGAUGUGGAAAAUGCAGUGAAGAAAAGAAAACUGUGCUUGGAGGCAUCAGGAAGUUUAGAAGAGGCAGUAACGAAUGGGAAUAGUAAUAGUGUUUCUGAAUCAAUUGGAGGCACUGGAAACUCAAGCUCACCCCAGUCCAAGAUGAAUGACAAUGUUGGCAGGGCUUCAAAUCUCUCACUGGUCAAGCUAUCAAGAAGUGGCUUGCUCUUCUUUAAAUUCCCUAGUGGAGGCCUUCAUGUUGUUGAGAUGCUUACAGAAAUACUUCAUUCACUCAAAUCUGGGAAACUCAAAUCUCCACAAUGGUGCCACCGAAUAUUUCCUAUUCAAGAAACUUGCAUUCUAUCAGAAGAAGACCUGCAUGCCACUGUGUCAAAGUUAUUCCUUGACUUCUCGAGGAGCAAGACUAACAAGGACAAGACUAUAAAGUUUGCGGUUGCCUAUAAUAGAAGGGGCAUCGAUGAGACAGAGAAGAACAGUAAUGAAGGUUCGAAUCAGCAAGCUUUGAUGGGCAGGGAGCAAUGUUUCAAAGUGGUAGCUGCUGCUGUCAAAUCUGUUGCUGAGAACUCGGUGGUUGAUCUUAGAUCUCCUGAGGUUGGGGUACUCGUUGAGAUGCUCCCGGUUUCCGGGGUACCUCUUGGAUCUUCGGUGGCUGGGGUGUCCGUUCUCCCAGCCGAGCUCAUCUCGACCAAACCUCGGCUUUGUGUCAGGUCUUUGGUGCUAUGCAAAAAGCAACAAAAAAGAAGUGAAAUCCUGUGGUCCCUCGCCAACCAGAGUAGCUGUAAUGGGAAACUGUGGAUGCAGUUUUUCAGCUGCCUAUUUGUACUAGAGUACCAUCACCUUAAGCCUUGUUUUAUCAGGACGUGAAACCAUGAUCAAAGGCGAGUUUUUAACAAGCAUAGAAGACACUGGCAUGCUGCCUUAGACUCUUCGACAAUGUAUCAUCCUUUGCACCCCCCACAAAUAGUCUUCUGUCUGCCUUUGUGGAGGUCGUCAAUUUGUGUUUUUUUUAGGAAGCGUCAAUUUGUGUUUUGUAGCAGCAUAGCAGAGAGUUCAUCCAGUUCUUGCCUUCUUGGAAGCUAGCUUCUCGUCUUUUUUUUUUUUUUACCAGCGUGCCGAAAUGUCAAAACUGGCCGGCCAUGAUGGUUUCGCCACAGUUUGUUUCAGAGCUUUGUCCAUCGUGUCCAGCCACAAAGCAUGAUGCAUGUUGCUGAA